UUAUGCUAUUGCGCCGCCAGACAGCGCCAUUCACAAGAUGAUUUAAAAAUAAUGGGCUUCUCUUUUUGGAGCUCAGUCCAGUUCCAACCAACAAGAUAAGCCUGUAGGCAAGACCAAGUUUUUCUCUUCGUACAACAGCACUAGGAAUGGAGCCAUCAGAGAAGUAUCUGUUUAAACACAAAGGAUGCUAUUUUAUCCAAAGUUUUACUACACCAGAAUACAUAGAUUCAUUGCAGAAUUUUGAAAUCAGAGACAGUGAUGUGUUUAUAGUCUCUUAUCCAAAAUCAGGCACCAGGUGGACACAACACAUUUUGAGCAUGAUUUGUUAUGAAGGUCAUCGAAACGGGACUGAAAGCAUAGAUCUGUUUGAUAGAGCUCCAUGGCUGGAGUACAACUUUCGCAAAAUGGAUUAUGCCAAUCGCCCAUCACCUCGUCAUUUUACUACACACAUGCACUAUCAAUUUAUGCCAAUGGGUUUAGGUAAACAGAGAACCAAGAUUAUUUAUGUGGCCAGAAACCCAAAGGAUGUCUUGGUGUCCUUCUACCAUUAUGCCAAAAUUGCUACCAACAUUGAAGAAAUAGAGGACUUUGACAUUUUCAUGGAGAGGUUUUUGGCUGGUAAAUUGCUAGGUGAUUUAUGGUUAGACCACAUAGAAGGUUGGUCUGAUCAGAAGGACAAUUUGAAUAUUCUGUUCCUUAUGUAUGAAGAAAUGAAGAAGAAUCUGAAAAGCUCCAUUCUGAAAAUGUGUAACUUCCUAGGAAAGAGUUUGACUGAAAAAGUGCUGGAUGAUAUCGUGGUUAAGGCUUCAUUUGAAAACAUGAGAACGAAUUCUAGUAUACACGUUGAAAACCUGUCUCCUGAGCUCUUAGAUCACAGCAAAGGGCGCUUUCUUCGCAAAGGUAUUAUUGGAGACUGGAAAAACACAAUGACGGUUGCACAAAGUGAAAGGUUUGACAGAGUUUUCAAGGAACGAAUGGAAAAGCUGCCCUUCAAGUUCUGCUGGGAUAUGAAUGAUGAAUUAUAAAUGAAACCCUUUCACAUUUGCAUUGCCUGCUUUUAAUUUGGUGAAUCUCAGAAUUGUCCAGCCCUGUUUCAAAAUCAGUUUUCAAGAGGUUCAAGAUCAGGACAAAGAUACAUUUUUUACAUACAUUUGUCAUAAUGGCAAAAUUUUGAAUGUAAUUUCUCAAAAUAUACACAAUAUUAAAAAAAAUCUCACUGAGGUAUAGAUAAUAUGUAUAAGCAGAAAAAUAAUAGUAGAUGCCAAAAGUUAAAGUAUGGUAGGUUGUAUUGAAUAAUAUGUAUCUGCUGUAAAACAAACAAUGUAUAACAAAUGUAUUGAAUUAUGAUAAAAUAAUAAAAAUAUUUUAAAAAGUUCU